CAAGACGGGCUCAGAACGCGUGGCGCAGCAGUGCAAGGAGAACAUCUACGCCAUCCAGACCCUGCGGGACUUCCAGUUCGUCGACCGCGAGGGGCAGGACCAGGGCAUCCACGUGCGCGAACGGGCCAAGCAGCUGGUCUCCCUGAUCCGGGACGAGGAGCGGCUGCGGCAAGAGCGCGCCCAGGCCCACAAGACCCGGGAGCGCAUGGCGGGCACCAGCCUGGGCUAUGGGUCCAUGCCACCCCCGUACCCAGGCCGUCGCACCAGUCAGCCGAGCAUGGGAGCCCUAUACGGGGAGGAGCACGCCAGGCCCCGAGGGUCCCAGUCUAACUUCAAUUCCCCGGAUCUGGAGCAGGCGCGGCCGCAGACCAGCGGGGAGGAGGAGCUGCAGCUGCAGCUGGCCCUGGCCAUGAGCCGAGAAGAGACAGAGAAGCCGCCUCCUCCGGCUGUGGAUAUCGAUGAGCAGACACAGCUCCAGAUUGCCAUGAGUCUCAGCAAGGAGGAGGCCAUGAAGCCACGCCCACCCCCACCUGUGGCCUUGGAUAUGGAUGAAGAGACCCAGCUCCAGAUUGCCCUGAGCCUGAGCAAAGAGGAGCACCAGCAGGAUCAACAAUGUCGCCAGGGAGAUGAGUCGAUGCUCCAAAAAGCUCUUGAGGAGAGUAAACGAGAGCUGGAGGCGGGACGAGGGGGGUCUGCCAUGAAUGAUCUUGUAGAUAUUUUUGCACCGGCCCCCGCCAAGCCCUCAAGUGCCCACCCCUGGGACUUGGCAGCUGGUGACAUCCACGCCGUGCCCGCUGCCGCUGGCCCACUGAGGGCCGACCCCUGGGACUCUCUGGAGGCCAGCUCAGCAAGAGGCGCAGGCAGCUCUUGGUUGGGGCCGUCAGCCAGUGCUGGUCGACCACAGCAGCCUUGGGAUCGCAGAGCUAGCCCCGCAGACCCAUGGGAUACCCCCAGGUCCAGCCUCACAGGCCAGGCGUGGUCGACCCCUAUCCAUAAAGGCUCUGCAGGAGUGGACCUUUUUACAACUCCUGCAGAAACUCAAAGGCCUCCCGGUGUGUUCAAGCACUCCUCCCCCAGGGCUGGCAGUCCCUAUGAUGGAGAUCUUUUUGACGAGGCCAUGGACGGAGGACAGGUGAAUAUGAACGGGCAUGGCGGGGGCAGUCCUGAGCCCUUUGAUAUGUCUCGCCUGGGAGAGAGCUUGGCUGACCCGAAGCUCAGAGCAUGUCACACACCCGAGGCUUUCCUUGGUCCGGCAGCCGCGUCGCUGGUCAACCUGGACUCUCUGAUUCCCGUCGGCUCUGCCCCUAAGACAUUGAACCCAUUCCUGACAGGGCCAAGCACCCCUGCACCCUCAAAUCCAUUCCAAAGUGAGCAGCCCCGCCUCACUCUGAACCAGAUGCGCCCCAGCUCCACCUCUCCAGUGCCCCAGUCCGGCUCGCUCCCCUACAGUGCCUCCCUGCCCCUGCCCUCCAACCAGCAGCCCUCCUCGCUGCCCUCCUCCCUCACCCAGCCUGCGGCUGCGGCCGGACUCUUGGACCUGCCCGGAAACCUGCCCCAGCCGCUGCUGCCCCUCUCUUCCGCGAACGCGCUUGGACCUCCUGGAGCGGACCAGCAAAACCAGAACCCUUUCCUCUGAGGCGUUCUCCUGGGCCUUACAAGGGAGAGCUGUUCUAGGUUAUGAUUUUCCAGAUGCUCAGUUGGCCCUGGUGGGGAAAAACAGUUGUAGUUUUUUUUGUUUUGUUUUUGUUUUCCCUAAAUGUUGAUAGACCUGUAGACUCAACUGGAACUAAAGUCAGUAUUGAAAGCUCUGUUUAAUAACCUUGAGUUUUAUAUGGGCUUAACUACCUUCACUUCCUUUGCUCUUUACUGGUAUCACUUGUCAGCCAGUGUGCUCUGUAUGUGACAGACCCAGCGGGAGGAGAGGGAACAGAGACACAAACAAACACUAUUCAGAUGCAAACGGGGAUGGAAGAGACACGUCAGUUGUCAUUGGAGUGAAGUCCUAAUGAAGACGUUUUCUUGCAAGAUAUUUUUAAUACUUCCUUUGAUGCCACAAGAGAAUUUAUUCACACAAUGCUUCACACAGCUGAUUCACUGAAGGCCCGUGCACUGUGCUGUCCUGAUCCAGUACUGAAUGUACACCGCGUGUCUUUGCUUAUUCCACCACACACCCCACCCCACCCCACCCCUGCCCCACAGAUCUAGAAUGCCUCUGGAUUGUCUGCACUGACUGGGCCGUUUCUCCUGUGACACCCUUAGGGAUAACUAGCGCCUGAGAACAAAACGGCAAGGGAGACGAGCCAAAAAAAAACAUCUAGACAAUAAGGCCCAGCUAGUUAAAUAAAAGCAACUUGAGUAAUGCUGAAGAAUUGCUAUAGGAGAGAGGGAGUUUAAGCGUAUUGAUUUGUGUGUGUGUGCGUGUGCGUUGCUGGGAGAGGAGGUGUGGGGAAUAUGACACAGUAUGAACACUGAACUUUUCAGGGAAUGAAGCUACUGCAGAACCAUCAUGCUAACGGAAUGUAAGAAAAGUGAGAAUGUGUUGCUUUAUGAAACAUUGCUCUUGAAAUAUAAGGAUUCAGUUAACAACUCAA